AUGCAAAAGAAAUACAGGCGUAAACAACGAGGGACUAACAAAAAAAGCUAUCAAGGCCUCGAAAAUCCGUUCUUUGCGAAAACCGGAGGGGAAGUGCCACCGAACAGAGAUGCCGAGAUGAAGAAUAAGGUCGCCGUGGUUGUGGUCGGCGCCGUGGUGAAGAAGGAAGCACAAGAUACGAAAAGAGAACGCAAGAGAAACGAAAAAAGACGCUUCAAAAACAAGCGCGAUGCUGGUCGUUCUCUCCCGCCGCGAAAACAAUUGAGCGCCAACUGA